AUGAUGGGAGAGUUGGAGAUUUCCAUCAUGGCGGCUUCCAUUUCGGGCUACACCUUCAGCGCUGUGUGUUUCCACAGCGCCAACAGCAACGCUGACCACGAAGGAUUUUUGCUGGGAGAGGUAAGACAAGAGGAAACCUUUAGCAUCAGUGACUCACAGAUCAGCAACACGGAGUUUCUGCAAGUCAUUGAAAUCCAUAACCACCAGCCUUGUUCAAAACUUUUUAGUUUUUAUGACUAUGCAAGCAAAGUUAACGAAGAGAGUUUGGACAGGAUCCUUAAAGAUCGGAGAAAGAAAGUUAUCGGGUGGUACAGAUUCCGGCGAAACACACAGCAGCAAAUGUCGUACAGAGAGCAGGUCCUCCACAAGCAGCUCACCCGCAUCCUCGGGGUACCCGACCUCGUCUUCCUUCUCUUCAGCUUCAUCUCCACCGCCAACAAUUCCACUCAUGCUUUAGAAUAUGUUCUCUUUAGACCAAAUCGAAGGUAUAAUCAGAGGAUAUCCCUGGCCAUUCCCAACCUGGGCAACACCAGCCAGCAGGAGUAUAAAGUGUCUUCAGUGCCAAAUACUUCUCAGAGUUACGCCAAAGUUAUCAAAGAGCAUGGUACUGACUUCUUUGACAAGGAUGGAGUAAUGAAAGACAUCAGGGCGAUUUAUCAGGUUUAUAAUGCACUUCAGGAGAAAGUGCAGGCAGUGUGUGCAGAUGUAGAAAAGAGCGAGCGGGUAGUUGAAUCUUACCAAGCAGAAGUGAACAAAUUAAGAAGACAAAUAACUCAGAGGAAAAAUGAAAAGGAGCAAGAAAGAAGACUGCAGCAGGCGAUGAUCAACAGACAGGCGCCUUCUGAAAGCCUGGAGCCGGCGUUCAGCCCUCGGACACCCUAUGCGGGGUUUGCAACUGAAGGUAGAAGCACACUGGCAGAUGCAGAGGCCUCAGAUCCCCCGCCCCCUUACUCCGAUUUUCACCCCAACAAUCAAGAAAGUACUUUGAGCCCUUCGCGCAUGGAGACAAGUGUCUUUAUGCCACGACCUCAAGCCGUGGGCUCUUCCAGUUACGCUCCCAGCAGCGCCGGACUGAAGUAUGCGGGAGCGGGAGCAGACCUUGCUCCUUCCCAAGGAGCAGCUGGCGACAGUGUGGAGGAAUCAGACGACAGUGAUUAUGAAAAUUUGAUUGAUCCCACAGAGCCCCCUCAUAGCGACUACUCACACGCGAGGGAUUCCCGACCUCUGACACAUCCCGACGGGGGCUCCAGGAACACUCAGACCUCCCAGAUUUAACGGAGCGGAAGGAACUCUUCACCUAGCACUGUUUUCUUAAUCGCUUGUUGAGAGAGUUUUUUGAGGACUGAAUCUGGAGGGAGAACUGCUUUCUCAGACCCCUGGGCUCCCAGAGAGUCCUGGGCACAGAACCGGGAGGGGCCUCGCCUCCAAAGGGCCUCACCUGCAGACACCGUGUCAGGUGUCGCAACAGCGUCAUUCAGAUAAUCAAAUUGUCCUAAUUCUGGUGCGAUUCAUGGAUGUACUGGUAAAUUUAGGCAAAGAGAAACUUAUCAGCGUAGUUUCUGUUCUUUAAAAAUAAAUUGGUAAUUAGAGACUAAGCACAAUUAGUCUAUAAAUGUUCUAUAAAUCAAAAACUUACCUCUUGCACUAUCAUGCCUUGAAAUUUACUUUUUCAAAGGGAAAUGAGUUUAGCAGCAGCCUUCAAAGACCCUUCUUUCUAUGAUGAGUCAAAUUCAUCUUUGCCAGAAACAAAAUUUUGAUAAUUCUAAGGAGCCUGAUUGGAACAAACCGGACGUAGCUUCUCUUGUCUGCAUGACUUCGUGAGAUCGAAAGAGAAGGCUUUGUUUUAACUUUUUUCUACUAGCCUGAUAUGUAUUGUCACUUAAAAUGGUUGCCUUUAAAAAACAUGUAGAAAUACUAAUUACCAGUAAGUAAUCAUCCAAAUAAGUAUGUCAUAAAAUAAAUUACUUAUUUUUCUUUCGUGGAAUUACAGUGACUGCUAUGUUGCACUAGCCAUGUUCCCAGUCUCUGUUCUGGAGUCUUAAACGAAGGGCACGCAGCAGUGGGUCCCAGAAAGGGGUUGUAUUCCUGACCUAAGGUUUAUGAGGGACAGACUCCAGAUGCAGUGGAUUUAGCCGAGUUCAUACUUAAGGGAUAUAACUCAUUUAGACCUUCUGACAAAUCCUAGUAUUAGUUUUAUUUGUGGAGGAAAGACAUUCAGUAAGCUGAGAAUCUUGGUGAAUUAAGAUUCAUUUUAAAUCUGAAUAACCAUACUUUUAUUUUUAAGCUGCCAUUUGGAGGAUAGUUGUGGAAUGUGUUGAGACUUCCUGUUGGGAUGCACUUAUAUUUUUAUUUAAUUAGUGCUUGUUUUCUAGUUUUGCCCAGAAUGUGUGAAACCACUACAGACAUUCAUGAGCAUUUUAGGCUCCUGGUUUGGGAAUGACAAGACCCACCAUUUAUGAUGAGGUCAGCCCACGAAGGUAAUGCUUUGGAACAUAACUGCCUUUCCUUUAGACUAGUUAAAACCUGGAAAUAUAAGGAAGCUGUCAAAGAGGCUUACCAUCCAGGUUCUGAAAGAGAAGUUUCAUUUUAUAGGAGAGAAGUUUACCCACUGAGCCAGUCCCAAUGCUAAAUUAGACAACCCGGACUGAAAAAUGAAACACUGAAACUGCCAUUCUUUUGAUGCCCACUCCGCGGGGUCUGUGCUUUCCUAGUGCCGGUUCUGUUGGCCUUAAACCACUGCCACUUGAUUUGAAAUGUCACAGACCUCUCUAUCUGCAAAUGUGUUCUGGUUUCAUCAGCACCUACUAGGGCUUCCACACCAGUGUGAAUUAAAAUUUUUUUUUAAGUGCCAUUGCCAUUUCCCCUGUCCCUGUUUUGACAUUCAGGAAUCUAUUUUUAUUUUAUGCCAUACUGAAGUCUACAAUGUAUAUCUGACAAAGCAGUUAAAUGUGACAAUAAAAACUUAUUUAAUCAUGGUACCAUUGUUUUAAUGUCUGUUUCAGCACCCGACAAGGCCUUGCCUCAGUUUACUCAUUCUGGCAGUUCUUAGUAAACUUAAAACAGUUUUUUAAAGGGCAUAAAAACUCAUCUCCACAUAGGUUUGGUUUUUUUGGUGGUGGUGGUUGGGUUUUG